AUGCGUUACGCCGAAAUGGAAGAGUUUGUGAAUCAGGUCGUGUUCAAGAUGUUUGGAAUGAGGCCCCUUUUUGAAAUUCAACCUUCUAGCUUCUGGAAACCGCUGGUCAAUGUGUGUUAUCAGCUGCUCCUUCUUGGUCUGCUGAUUGCCUUGCAAUUCUUCAUCUACCGGAUGCACCUGGAGCAGGAUUUCGCGGGCUGGUUCACCAGCACCACCAAUCUACUGACCUGUGUCGUGAUCCUUAUCCAGUCGCUGGUCUCAUCGCGGCCCCUUGCCCGAUUGCUGCUGGAACUGCGGGAAAUCGAAACCAUCCUUGGAACAUCGUUUUUCUCCACCAACGCAUCACAGAACGGACCAGGGGCACGGUACAGCAGGACAUUUUACGCUGUGUACGCUAUCGGGUUGCUGCGUGGAUUCUUCCGUACCUUUCUAAUGAUUCAACUCAACGUACGGUCCUUCUGGCUCGCCCUAUUGCUUCUAACGCCCGCAUUGUUUAUCCUCGUGCGACUCAAUCAGCAGAUCCAGCUCACGGAACUGAUCGGUACACGGCUCCGGUGCAUUGCAGACGAACUUUCGUUGCUAACCGGUUCUGCUGACAUUGGGGCGCUGGGUCAAGCAAGCAUUGCCACUGCAAACACAGCCUCCGGAGGCCAUAAAAUGUUUCGGCAACGAUGCCACUCCAUAGAUGUGCUGCAGCGGACGAAUUGCAUUUUUGGUCGAUUGCAGGGCUGCUUGCAUGUGCUGAACGAUACGUUCGGAUGGUCAACGGCAGCGAUCGUCGUCUGCCUGUUCAUCUUUAUCACGUUUCAGCUGCGGUAUCCCUUCAGUCCGCUUCCCCUUUAUGCAUCGCUGAUCGAUGUUCUCCAUGCGAUCAUAUGCUUGUUCGCGCUCUGUCACUGCUGCGCAGCUGCAGCAUCCAAAGUUGCCGAUAUUGAGCGAGCUUUGCUACAACCAUACCACUGUCAGGAUUCGUCUGCUCUCCAGGAUCAGAUCAACCACUGGAUCGUGCGUCUCCAACUGCACCGCUUCGUAUUUACCGCCAAUGGACUGUAUGCUAUCGAUUAUGGUCUGUUCUGCUCGACGUUAGCGGCAUCUGCGACGUACAUCGUUAUCAUGUUCCAAUUCGAUCAAAAAUCUCCCGAAGUAGCGGAAUAG